AUGACCGACAGACGUAGUCGUCGUGACCGCGAUCGCGAGAGCCUUCGAGUACCCCGCGCUCGACCCCACCGCAGCUCGAGGAACUCAUCCGUCCGCUCUUCAGCACGCUCCUCGGCCAACUAUGAAGAACCUCGUCAUCGACAUCCUUCGACCGGUCCAACUUCUUAUCCUGCAGCUGUUCCAGCUCCUUAUCCUACCAAUAGUCCUUAUUCUUAUCCAUCAGCCGCGAAUUCUUCUCGAUCUUUAAGAGCUGCCUCAUCUCGCUUCUCUCUCAAUGAGCAGUUCGCUGCGACUCGACAAGAUUUCAACCUCUGGGACGAUGAUGCGAGUUCCAUCUAUGACCAAGGGAUCAACGAAGACGACGAGGAGGACGAUGAUGAAGAUGAGGAAGACGAAGACAAGGAUGGGGACAAAGAUGAGGACGAGGACGAGGAAGACUCUGAUGAUGAUGACUCCGACGAUGAAGACUCAGAAGACGACGAAAAGGCUGCCCUGAGCUCGACAGAAGGGAAUGACGAUACAUUGCAUGAAAUCAGCAAUGCGCCGCCCGUUCUGCAGGCUUCGGAUUCCAACUUUUACGACCUCUUCUGCCUCCCACAAGGCACACAGGAGCUCUCGCAACAGCAAAUCCGAAACGCAUACUACCGCCUGUUUGUUCUCUUUUACCCCGACAGCUAUCCUGCACGUCUGCGUCCAAUUGCUCGCCAACAGUUCCUCCGGGUCCAAAAUGCUUUUGAAACACUCAUUGACCCAGUGCGCCGAGCACAAUAUGACGUGGACCAGUUCGUGCAAGCUGAAGAAACGGGAUCAGUAAAGUCGGAGUAUGAAACCGCGUUCGAUGAAGCUGUUCGGGACCGCAUACAGGGCAGUAUCAGUACCAACUCUGAUUUGGGUGUUCGACUGGAUGCAUCUGAGUCUACCAGUGGCCGUCCAAAACUCCAGAUCCUGGACUUUGCUCUCAGCCAUUCCGUCACGAUCGAGCUUCCAGGAAUGCAGAAGUUAGUGCAGCCUCAGAUUGCCCGGAUAGAGAGUUUUACUUCAAAGAACGAAAAGGAGGCAGCCGAGAGUCUGUCACAGCCUGGUGUCCAAGUAGCUACACCCACAGUUACCAUUACUGGAUCUACUUAUGGUAUCUCAAAGGAUCUUUCAUCAGUGCCAACAUCACUCUUACUUAUGCAGCUUGUCGAGAACAAAUUUGCGCCAUUGGCCACUCUUCAAUACAGACAAGAGUUCAUCAACCGCAAGCUCUCGCCAUCGCCAGAGAAGUUUAGAUGGAUAAAGACAGCUGUUGAGCUUGAGGCGGAUGUUUUGCCUGAGCUUACCGCUAGGAGCCGCCUCUACCACCACUUCUUACUGCCCAAGUUCACUGAGCCUACCAUUGCUGAAGCUAGCAUACAAUCUUCGCGGGAUUCUACUGAGUUUCAACCCCGUGUUGCUCUUGGGCUUUAUCAGAAUCUACGCCACGGAACUGGCUUCCUGCGCGCGGAUAGUGGCGACUGGGCCUUUGGUACUGAACAGUACUCUCGAUUCUUCUCUGAGCACUCAACGAUAAACCCGGCUUUCUUCAAUGCUGAAGCACCCGGGGCCACUCCCAGCAUUGAACUAGGUUUCCGAACAGGACAAUCCGACCGAUUGCCAGCCCCUGGUUCCUCGGAUACCCCUGGUGACGAGGGUGGAAUUCGAGGUCUCGACUACGAGAUCAACACAUGUCAGCAUGGGACUUGGGCUAUCUCUGCAUCUGCCUCGCCUGUCUCAGCAGCGGGUGCUAUACGAUACAGCAAGGACCUUGUUCUGCCUUUCCAAGCUCCACCAACGUCAUUGGACCCAGGCAUGCCUGCAGCAGCACGUUUAGAAGCAGAACUAUGCUCAAAUAGAUUCCAGGAUCAAUACUUGGCUGUCCGUAACCUCUGGUCUGUUGGUCGUUUUACGCGCAUCGGUAUCGAAAUUGGUAUGAGCAUACACAAUCUCCAUCUCUCCGUCUACUGGUCUCGCCUUGGUCAACGUCUGAGUGUCCCCUUGCUCAUCGCUCCGCGGUCACUACUCGGACCCGACAUACUCUUCUGGGCUGGCGCAUUGCCGUUCGCCGGUCUUGCCGCAGUGCAACUUGGUCUUAGCUACCGCCGUCAACAGACUGCGCGCUCGCAUCGACGUAGUCGUUUAGACAUCGCCUCUACCGACAAGCCAGUCGCCAUUGCCCAACACCGAUUUGAAGCGGACAACAUCACCACACUUCUUGCACAGCCUGUUGAAGUUCGGCAGAAGGGCCAGAUGACCCUCAAAGGCCUUGUGAUCCUCAGUGCAAGGUUCGGUGUCCCUAGUGAAGAUGGCUCACUCGUUCCAGGCGACGAAGUUGCUGAUGUGACUAUUGCCGUUGCGGCUUUGAUCAGUGAACCUUCUUACGCCAACGGACCUGCCCUUGUCAUUCACCAAGGGGUGCGUAAGAGCCGCUUGCCAGGUUUCUGGGACCCUGCGCCAGGCCAGGACAAGGUUCUCCGUGUUGAGUACCAGUUCAAGGGCGAAGCGGGCUCUAUUGAGGUCAGCAAUCGUGAUGAACUUGUUCUGCCACCGCAAGCUUGA